AUGAGCUUAGAUCCUUUGGCCCCCGUCGCUCCCGCGAGGGUAAAGACUCUUCUGUUACCUCUGGGGCAGAUAAAAGCAGACCGAUUCGCUACCUUUGUCGAGCGAUUAAACCAGCAACAUGUCGUCCACCUCCGCGACAUCAGCGCUGAUGGCAGACCUAACAGGAAUAUGUUCUCGCCUCUGGCUUACCCAGAUGGCGCUAUAAUAUACAACCUCGUCACUCACGUUCCGCCUCCCUCUCACCUCGCCCUUACUCCCUUCGACUUAUACCGAGAACCCCUUGCCAUAAUAGCUCUGGCGGAUGGCACCGAGCUGCAUCAAAAGAACCUAAAUAAACGACAAUCUAUGAAUGGUACGGGACCAACGACAACAGAGAAGAACAUCAGGGCUCUAUACCAGGAGCUCGAGGAGCUGCGCGAUACCUACCCCAAAGCCCUUGUGCACCACGUUCUGAUUUUCGACUAUGUCAACCCCCACGACACCGAGAUCCCAAUGCCCGAGGGCCUUAUUGAUAUUCCUCCGCCCGAGAAAUGCACUGUGACUACCAUCAGGACAGUCAUGUGCGACAUCUCCUCGCUUCUACUCGCUGAGAUGACGACAUUGGCCAAGUCCUUCGAAGCCAUGACCAACAUCGAGUCUCCUGUACCUUAUUCAACCUCUUCGAGGCAUACUAAUGGUGGCUCAUGGGGUGGGGAAGGCGGUAUAAAUAGUCUUCUGAAACGGAAUUCGAGCAUCGUGUCUUCCAAGCAUUCUGCGCGUUCCAACUCGGCAGGCGGGAUUAUGGAUAAGGCCCAGGCUCGCAUGUCUAUGCCAGUGAACAGUCGACCAGGUCUUCAUUCGAGUAACUCGACGCCAGGGUUGUCAUCGACGCCUCCAAAGAGUCAUCUAUCGAACCCACCCAUGUCUACGGAUGGUCCAAGUCCUCCGGCUAGUGAUCGGUCGACACCAGAACCAUCUGCCCCGCCAGAGACCAUUGAGAGCUCUCGAUCAGCUAGUCGCGAUCGCAUAUCAACCCAAGGCUUUGGCGCUGGAGGUGUGAAUGACCGCUGGAGACAUAGAACUAAGGGACGAGCGGCAGUUGUCGUUGGUUCUAUGUUUUUACAGGCUGGUCGAUGGACCGAUUCUAUCAAGGAGCUCAGUGACGGUGCUAUGGCUGCUCGGUCUGUCAAUGAUCAUUUGUGGCACGGCAAGGCGCUGGAGCUCAUCUUGGUAAACCUGUUCCUCCUUGGCUGGUCCAAUAUCGAGUUUCAUGUACCUACAGUGCUUAUCCAGUUCCCGGACAAGCCAACCCAUAAACAAACACCGGAUCCUACGCCCGAGGAUCCCAAUCAGCCGAAACAUCUUAGAAACCUUCAAGCACUGCUCCCUGAACUGCUUGAACGUAUCAUUCUCCUCUACUCCAGGGUGUCUUCAGACAGCCUUCCCCCCUUACCACUAUCCGAAACUUAUAUCCGAUUUUCAAAGAUCUACCAGGCUCUCCACCUGUCCAAUGGCUACCUUGAUCGGGAAUCUCUAGGCAUGAUUGCGACUGGAAUCGUCCCUGACCAACCCCUUGCGGCGCCACCGCGAUUCGGUGUAACGCCUUCGCGACAACAAAUCGGAGCCAUGCUGUUCAAGGCAUUCCCCGCGGGUGCUUCGGAACUUCUUACGACUGUCGACCGAGCGUCCAUUCUGAGCGGUAUAGCGACUGUUCUGGGGCCUUUGGGGCUUCACCGAAAGAAGGCUAUGGUAAUAAGAGAGCUUGUAUCAGUUCUUAUCGGUGGUCUAGUCGAGGCAAGAACCCGAGGCGCUGCCGAUAUGGGCAUUCAUCCUGCUGCCGGACUAAUGUCGUUGACUUCUGGUGGCGGUGGUUCCAGCAGUGGCUCAAUGGCCUUAGAGAUUGGAGAGUGCGAUGUCGAACAGGGCAUAGAGGCCCUGAUGACUCUGCUCUGCAAAUCUUAUGGCAUCGUUGGGUUUGAUUUAACCCGCAAGGCCGGCGUCAAGAACAACGAAGCGGUUGAUGAUUCGGACGAGGCUGUGAUUGCUAGGAUACGUGGCCAGUCUGCAGCUCGCUUCUUCGGGUUCCCAGACGUCAAGCUUAACAUUCUAAGAGCUUGCAUCAACUUUUCAGAAGCCUUGCCGGAUUUUGAUGGCGUUCUGCGAUUCUCGAGCGACCUUUUGCGUACAUCCGGCUCGGGUGUAGCUCCAGGGCCACGACGAGAGGAUGCGUCACCAAUGAUUCUUCGAGAUGAGCAAGUGCGACUGGCUACGGGAAUAUCAAGGACUGCGGGCCUGGUACAGAGGUUAGGCUAUAACGAUAUAGCAGCUGAGUACUGGGAUGAGUUCUUUGUGAGAGGAAUCAAGCUUGAGCCGUCACUAACUAGCAAAACGCCGGUUGCUCACUCAAAAAGCAUCCUUCCGGGUGCCGCCGCCAGUCGCGCUUCACAGGAUGUCGAUCCUUUCAUCUACAACCCGUUUCUGAAGAAGCCCGAUGAGACAGUAACUCAGACUCUUGUGGCUGAUGAAUACGCUACCUUCAAAAUUACACUGCAGAACCCCUAUGAUAUAGAAGUCGAUGUCGAGUCCAUCUACCUAGCUACAGAAGGCGUUGAAUUCGACGCUGUUAAGGAGGCAACAUUAGUAGGACCUUAUCGAACUCAAGUUAUACGGCUCAGAGGUAGAGCAAAGGAGGCGGGGACCGUCAAGGUUACCGGUGCCAUCAUCAAAGUCCGCGGAUGUCGGGAGCGACGAUUCCCUGUCUUCUCUAUGCCUUGGGUACCAAAGCAAGAGCUCAAGAUUAAGGCCAAGGGUUUGGCUGCUCUCGAGGAGGCUGUGACAGACAUCAAGCCUUUUGCCCCAAAGCUCGAAGCUGAAAGCAUGACACUUACGGCAAUUCAAGCACAACCGCUUGUUAUAGUCAAGUCCACCACGCUUGCACAGUCUUCAAUCAUGAUUUUGGAGGGCGAGAGGCAGAUAUUCUCUGUGACAAUGCAGAAUCUUGCAGCGACACCAGUAGACUUUAUGCUCUUCUCAUUCAAGGACUCUACGCAAGAACCUUUGCAGAGUGCGAUCGGCAAUCGGGAUGCGACACCCUCUGAACUUUACGAGUAUGAGCUUGCACUGAUGAAGAAGCAAGCAUUGCGACUUCCUAACAGCCAGAAGACUCGUCAUAUUGCGCCCAAUGGAGAGGCGACGUUCGAAUUUGAAAUCCUAGGCAAGCCUGGGCUUACAACUGCAACAAUCCAGGUCGAUUACACGCAUUUGGGAUGCCCACAAGAAGAAAUGCCUGAACAGUUUUACACGAGACAGGUUUCCUUGGACCUUACCGUAACAGUCAAUGCUAGCGUUGAGCUUGCCCGAAUCGAUGCGCUACCAGUACAUGGCGAGAUUCCUCAGCCUUUAUGGGAUCGCUUGGGCAGUUCCUUCACAGCCAAGCGCGACGAAUAUUGUCUCUUGUCUGUCGAUCUUCGCAACGCCUGGCCAAGUCAAAUGUUGGUGCAAUUAGAGAGCAAUGAUGGAAUAUCCGUUCAAGAAGACAUUCUUCCAGGCAACACGAGCCGAGUCAUCCUGCCUGUCAAGAGGGUGUACUUGGAGGAUCCUCAUGCCACAAUACCAACGCUCAAUCCAUCUCGAAACCGACAGUUCGUGGUCAGUGCCAGCAAGAUCUCACCUGAGACGGAACGAGCAAACCGUGAAGGUUUCUGGUACAGGGAAAGAGUUCUCGAUUGCCUCAGAGCGACAUGGAAGACGACGUCGCUACCUAAGAGAGGCGGCUCGAUUGACUUGAGAAGCAUCAGACUGACCACACGAAUGAUUGAGGCUAUUAAAAUUGACGAGGUUGAUAUUGAACUAUCAAUUGAAGAUGCGGAUGGCAAUGCAGCUGAGAAGGGUGUGGCGUAUGUCGAUGAGUUUAUGCAACUCAAGGUGCGUGUCACCAACCGAACGGCUCAGAAAAUCCACCCCCUCGUCAGAAUCCUACCUGCGCUUUGCCAUCGGCCUGCGAAUGUUGGCCUGGAGUUUACACGGAAGCUAGCAUGGAACGGUACAUUACAACAGCUCAUUCCGGUAUUGGAAGGACAUGGCAGCGCAGAGGUUUCAGUGGGCAUGACAGUGCUCUGUCGCGGCGAGUUCGAGAUAUCAGCAUCUGUAGAAGAGGUGCAGGUCUGGGAAGGACCUAGAGUUGCGCCUACACGGGCACGAUCGGAGUCACAGACGAUGCAAGAUGCUGCUCUGGGUGUCAAGGAGAGACGCAUUUGGCAUGCGAGACAGCCUUGCUAG